GGGGAAUCACACAGGUUGGUGAGUCACCCCCCUCCAUUCCUCUGCUGACGUGUUUUCCUUCCAAAACAUAAAAUCUGUCGAUUGCUCUCUCCUUCUCUCUCUUGUCCUCUGUCUACGUUACGAAGUUUUCAGAUUCUCGCUCUUGCUCUUUUCCUAAUUCUUGAAGGAAGAAACCAAAUAACAAAAGGAAAACCCUAAUUGAAUCCCAUUGGAUUGUCUAUUGAUCCCAAUCAAUCGAAAUUCAACAGUUUCCCUCCUUUUCAACGGCCCUGAUUCAACCAACCUAUCAAGCAAAUAGAUCUAUCUUAAACACUUUAACUCAAGCAAUCAAUUUGGGUUUUGGUGUUUCUUUUUAUUAUCGAAAUGGAUUCGAGCAGGCGAGCCGUGGAAUCGUACUGGAGAUCGCGGAUGAUCGAUGGGGCAACCUCGGAUGAAGACAAAGUAACGCCCGUUUAUAAGUUAGAAGAGAUCUGUGAGCUCUUGAGAUCGUCGCAUGUAAGUAUUGUGAAAGAGGUCUCGGAGUUUAUCUUGAAACGACUCGAUCACAAAAGUCCCAUCGUCAAACAAAAGGCUUUGAGGCUAAUAAAAUAUGCAGUGGGAAAAUCUGGUGUGGAGUUUAGGAGGGAGAUGCAGAGGAACUCAGUGGCAGUGCGUCAGUUAUUUCAUUACAAGGGGCAGCCAGAUCCUUUGAAGGGGGAUGCACUUAAUAAGGCUGUGCGGGACACAGCUCAUGAGGCUAUUUCUGCUAUAUUUGCAGAGGACAAUAAUAAUACUAAACCUUCUCCUGCAGAUGACCUUAACAAACGAAUACAAGGAUUUGGGAAUACAAACUUUGAAAUGCCCUCGGAUGAUAAGAAAUCAUUUCUAAGUGAGGUAGUUGGCAUUGGAAGUGCAUCUAUCAAGCAGGGAAUUAGUAGUUUUACUCAGGGUCAUUCACUUAGAAAGAACGAUAAUGGAAACUACAAGAGUCCUACUCUUCGAAGAUCAUUGACAACAGAAAGUGACCAUUCUGAUAGGUAUGAACCAGUUGAAUUGCGAAAUGAUACUCAAGGGGUUUCCAAGAUUACUGCUAGUGGACCUUGGGGCCAGGAUUCAAAAGUAUUAAAGACAGAAACGACAAAUGGGGAAGCUAGUUCGAAUUAUUCGGAGACUAAAACUCGUGAAGAAAGAUUGUUGGAAACCAUAGUAACAUCCGGUGGUGUACGUCUACAACCUACUCGAGAUGCCAUUCAGGCUUUCCUUGUGGAGGCUGCAAAGCUUGAUGCCUUGGCUUUAAGUCAUGCCCUUGAAUCUAAGCUUCUAUCUCCAAUGUGGCAGGUUCGCAUGAAAGCUGUGUGUGUGCUUGAGUCCAUUUUGAGGAGAAAGGAAGAUGAGCAUUUUUUAAUUGUGGCUUCUUAUUUUACUGAGAACAAAGAUGUUGUUUUGAGAUGUUCAGAGUCUCCCCAAACUUCUCUAAGAGAAAAGGCUAACAAGGUGUUGAUCCUUUUGAAUGGGGAACAGACAGGUGGUUUGGCAAGUAAUUCAGAAAAGUCUUUGAAGGCUGAGACCACUCCCGUUCAAAUGCCUGACCUGAUAGACACUGGUGGUCCAGAUGAUUACACUGGAUUAGAUAAUUCCACAAAAAACCAACAUGAUCAAAAUAUUGCGAAUCUGACAGCAACCCCGCUUAUUGAUGACUUAUUUGGAGAUGGUCUGGAUGCUGGUCUCAGCACCAGUGAACAGAAAAAUGAUGAUGAUCCCUUUGCAGACGUCUCAUUUCACACUGAUGAGGGUAGAGAAAAUGUGGACGAUCUCUUCUCUGGGAUGACUAUAGAUGACAAGUCAGUUGUCAAUGGUAAUCAUGCGGCUGCAAAUAUAAAAUCUGAGCUAAUUGAUAUCUUUGGGACCAAUUCUGAAGCUCCAUUUGAGCCUGAGAAUAAACAAAAUGAUGUCAAUGAUUUAAUGGUUGGCUUGUCGAUGAAUGAGAAUUCAUCUAGUUUGAAGCAGAAAGGAAUCUCUUCUGAGGCACACCCUGAAAAUAUAUUUGCUGAUAUAAACACUCAUUCUAGCCAUGAAGCUUCUAAUGAUGCUUUGAGUGGUACCCUUGGUUCUCAAGCCGCUGGGAUGAACACAAAUCCGAUGUUUCCUUUAGGGACCAUGCCAUAUUCCUUUUCUCCUGGAAUAAUGUUGAACCCAGCCUUUUCUUCUCAGCCCAUGAAUUAUGGUGCUAUGGGGAGUUUCUUUGCUCAGCAGCAAUUGCUUGCAACAAUGUCUAACUUACAACACCUUGCUAAUCUUAAUGCACAAAAUGCUGCCAUCAAUCAUGUUUCCAGUGGAUCAAAUGGAGGAUAUUCUUCAGCUCUGCCUGAUAUAUUCCAGUCCAAUUUUCCUAUUCAAACACCUAGUUCAAUGAUGAACAGUUCAAAGAAAGAGGACACCAGAGCAUUUGAUUUUAUUUCGGACCAUCUUGCAGCUGCUCGUGAUCCAAAGAGGACAAUGUAAGGUGUUGUGCUUGUACGGACCUAGCGUGUAGAAUCUCCUGGCACUUCAACGAUGGUAAUAUUCUUUUGAAAUAAUGGAGCAGUGAUAUUACAUGCAUCUUUGAUUAUUGCAUUGCAUGUAAUAUAAGUGGGGGGACGUCCUUAAAUUAAAGAGUAGGCUACAAUCUUUUAGGCUAUGUUUGUAUUUGAGAUGAAAGAAAAUGGGGAAAAUGUUGUGCAGUUAGCUGUUUUAGUUUUACAAGUACUUUUUUUUUUUCUGUUUAAAUUCUCUUCUUUUUCUUCUUGUAAUGGAUUUGUAGAGUUUUUGUACCUCCAGUUUUUGCCACUACCUGCAGGCGAAGUGCAUGUGUUAAAUGCAGAGGGAUAGAAAAUUAAUAAAUGUUUCAACUAGUUGUUUGCUCU